AUUCGCGACUCCAACCUGGCGUUCCCCUUUUCUCCCCUUUCAUAUCACCUGUCAACCUUGAGUCUUCCGCGCAACGCAUCGCCGUCUGUCAACCCCCCAACGUUAUCUAGGGCACCAAGCUACCCUGUCCAUCUCCUCCCUCAUUGCACCAGAGUUCAACCCCCGAGUUUCUCCUUCGAACGCCGCUGCCUGCUCCCGCCAGCCCACGUUCGAGCGUCAUUCACCGACUCACCUGUCGAUCCUCCAUCCACCAGCCACCCAAAAUGUCUGCUACCAACGUGGAGAAGGCCUCCGAGGCCGCCGUCAACGACGUUGCCAACACUCUGAGCAAUACCUCAAUCUCCCAGCCUGCCGAUGACAAGGCCGCCGCCAACGAGGCUGCGUCGGCCAGCGCUGCCGAAGGCCGCCGCCUGUACAUUGGCAAUCUGGCCUACGCGACAACCGAGGGGGAGCUGAAGGACUUCUUCAAGAGCUAUCUUGUAGAGUCUGUCUCCAUCCCGAAGAACCCCCGCACCGAGCGCCCCGUGGGCUAUGCCUUCGUCGACCUCUCCACCCCCUCCGAGGCUGAACGUGCGAUCGCCGAGCUCUCCGGCAAAGAGAUUUUGGAGCGCAAGGUCUCCGUGCAGCUGGCUCGCAAGCCUGAGGCUGCUGGUGACAAGGCCGACGGUGCCAACGGCGAGGGUUCCGGCGCCGAGGGCUCUCGCCGUCGCGCCUCCGGACGUGGACGCGGCCGUGGACGCGGCCGUGGCGGCCGCACCGGUCGUGGUGGCCGUGUUGGUGACGCCGGUGAGGAGAAGAAGGAGGGUGACGUUUCUGGAACUGCCGCAACUGACGUGGCGGCCGCCCCUGCCGAUGCUGAGGGCACCACUGAGAAUUCCAAGUCUCAGACCCGGCCUCAGCGUGAGCGCCGCGAGCGCGGCCCCCCUGCGGACGGCAUUCCUUCCAAGACCAAGGUCAUGGUCGCCAACUUGCCCUACGACCUGACCGAGGAGAAGCUCAUUGAGCUGUUCAAGGCAUACGAGCCUUCUUCGGCCAAGAUCGCCCUGCGACCUAUCCCCCGAUUUAUGAUCAAGAAGCUCCAGGCUCGCGGUGAGGCUCGUAAGGGCCGUGGUUUCGGCUUUGUCACCCUGGCAUCCGAAGAGCUGCAGCAGAAGGCUGUCAACGAGAUGAAUGGCAAGGAUAUCGAGGGCCGCGAAAUUGCCGUCAAGGUGGCCAUCGACAGCCCGGACAAGACGGACGAGGAAGCCAACGCUCCCCAGGGUGAAGAGACCAAGGAGGGCGCCGAGGCUGCCGCCGAGGCCCCUGCCACGACUGCCACUGCCUAGUUGCGUGGCAAUGAUUGCCUGUCCAGGCCAGGGUGCGCCUCAACCUGGAGAGCAUAAUUACGACAUGGCACGCGAUUUGAACGAUAUCUCUUACGGUAGCUACUGGCUACAGUCUCGACUUCAGGGACACCGGAUUCCACCAUUCGGCGCGGGAGAAUACUAUUGACACUUGUUGACAGGAUUCUUCUUCAAACCUUUUGGCGGGCUCUGGUUGCGCCCUCAAAUUUUGGCAAUUUCUUACCUCCAACCACCACGGGAGGCUACGGAAGACGAAACCCCUUCUCAUGUAUCUGUACCACUCCUUUUUCCGUAUCGGUUCUGCUGGGUUGUAUUAUAGCUUAAGCGGGAAAACGGCUCGGGAGGAGAUAGAAGUGCGAUACACAAAAAGGGGCGUUUUUGGCACAGUUGACGAUUGAUUGUGGUGAUCGCUGUGUUAUGUGAAGCCGUCCACUGGUUCUGAUAUCGAAGAGCUCGCAGCGCGGAGACUCUGCGCAGGAGACAGUUGUAGUAGCCACCACAUGCCUUGCACACGCAGACGCGAGGAGCAAAAGCCCGCGAGGCUUCGUGACUCAUAGAAGACGUGCUGGCAUUUCGUAAUGCGGCGUCGUCCACAGUCGCCGCGGUCUCCGCCGCGGUCACGCAGGCGCUUGUGCUGGUAUGUAGGAUACAGUUAUGGCAUGUGAGC